ACGUUAUUAUAACGCAUAUAGCGCGUGGUGUAGCAGUACAGUACGCUCGCGACCUGUGAAGUAGGUAACUUAGCUGUCAGUGUCAGUGUUUUUCUCCCCUUUUCCUUGCCCCAGACCCUUUAAUUUCGUCCAAUUUCUUGUUUGUGUUCGACGCUUGCAUUGCGAGACCUUUGCUGGCCGACUCGCGUAUAAGUAGGAUCAGCGAGACAUACAAAAGUACACAGAAUUGAUUUAGAGAACAAAUCGACGUCGGAUAUGCACAAUCCGCAUAAGAGCUGCUAACCUCGAAACGAAUCACACACAGAGAACUGACUGAUCUUGCAAAUUUUUGUGUUGAUUAUCGGCUCAGAUAAUUUUCACAUGCCACACGCUGUAAUUGUGUAGUGUGAAUUCAACGUUCGGUCUAUUUAGUAUCAACAAUGUCGUUGCACGUCAACAAAUAGACUCUCGUACUUUAAUCAAGAUUCGCAUGACAGUUUUGUUCUGUGCCCAACGCGCUACGUUGAGUUCUGCUCGUCGGAAUUGCGCCACGAUUGUUUUGCUCGCGCGCGAUGGACGAAUCGCCCGCAUCACCCAUCGAAGAGGAGCUCAAUGCUGCUGAUGUCUUCUCUCCUGCUCAAGAUGCGGAGCUAAUGGACCAUGAAGAACUCGAACAAAAAUCACUGGAACGUGAACAACCGGAAUCCACUGCAUCAGCCAUCGAACGGACGAUCGACGGCGAUGACAACGAGAGAAGUGACUCGUCCUCUUUUAGCAAACAAGAGGAACGAAGUGACGAACAAAGUGAAAAUUUACCAAAUGUAACAAUUGAGUAUGAUAAUGCGGAGAUUGAUUGGUCUUAUAUGCCAGAUACCGUUCUACUCAGUAUCUUUCAGUAUCUAAGUCCUAAGGAGUUGCUUACUUCUGGUGAGGUAUGCAUGUCUUGGAACAGAGUUUCAAGAGAUGAAAUGUUAUGGAAAAGGCUCUUCUAUCAUACAUACAAAGUUGACCCUAAUGUUGGAAUAAUGCCAGGAAAAACAUCUUGGUUGGGCGAAUUUAAACGUUUAUCCUACCACAUACCUUUAUUGGAAACAGAAACUUUGAGAGAGCAUUGUCAUCAAGUAUUACACGUUAGUUUUUCUCACAAUGGUAAAAUGUUUGCAACUUGUUCCAAAGAUGGAUAUAUUUUGGUAUGGAAUAGUCAACAUCCAGUGUCAAUCAAAUAUCAUCAUGAUAUGAAAUCUUUUAGUUGGAAAUAUACACAAUUUUCUCAGUUUAAUACCUCUGAUACUUUGCUAUUGGUAUCUGGUGUUCACUUUGGUACUCCCCACAGUACAUCUGGUGAAAUUGCUGUGUUUAGAUUAGCAGAGGAUUUUGAACUUCAAUGCCGAGUAGUAAAUAAACCAUAUGAUAUCUUUGGAACUUGGUACAGUGAAAGAUAUCUUCUGAGUGGAGGACUUCAUUGGUUAGCACAUUUAGUAAGUACAAGUAUAUUGUGGUUAAACAAAGCCAACCAAGAAACAGGAAGUGAGCAUGUUCCAAUUAUGAAUCAAUUAUACAGAUUUUACAAUGGAAAUGCAUCUUCUAUAAGAGCAGUUAUGGUAGCAAAUUGUUUGUCACCAAUUGAAACAGACAAUGAUGAUCAUAGUGAAGCAUCAUCUACAUCAAAUCCUUCAGAAGAAAAAGGUAAUCCAGUAAGCCAUAGGGAUAUAUCUUUAGCUUCUACUAGCCAAGAAAGAAAAAGAGAAGAACCAGAAGUUUUACAUCAUGCGUCAUCACGCCUGCAGUACAGUACCCUGGAAGGUGGAUUUAUGAACUGGAAAAAACUUGGUGAUGGAUUUGAGUAUGCCAGCCCAAUUAGAUACAGUCAAGAGUAUAGAGAAGUUGAAAUGGAAAAAGAAAAUGCAGAUAGUGAUAGUGAUAUUGAAUCUAGUCCACAAGAUGAAGAAGAAAGUGAGGAAGAAGAUUCACUAUCUGCAGAUGAGUGCGAUGAUUCAGAUGAUUUAGCUGAUUGCCCUGAAAAAUUCCUCAUAUUUACAACAGGUUCUAAAACAUAUACACCACAUCAAGUUGGUUUUAAAAGAAUAAAACCUGUCACUUUUCCAAGAAGGCUUGAUCCUGGACCAUCUCUUCAAGAACGUUUAGCUCAAAGACAUAGAGAACGCGAAAUGCAAAAUAAUGGUUCCUUUAGGCCUGAACCAAAUUGGUUGGAUUACAAUUCUGUUGCAGAUAAAUUUGAUAAAAUAGAUCAUUUAAUUGACUUACACGGCCACAUUAUUGGAAUGGGUCUUUCUCCAGAUCAUAGGUAUCUAUACAUCAAUUCACGUCCAUGGCCUAGAGGAUAUGUAAUUACAAAUCCUCUGCAACCACCACCAAUAGCUCAAGAAAUAGAUAUUCACGUUAUUGAUUUAGUAACAUUAAAACAAGUUGGCACAAUGCUGAGAGCUCACAAAGCUUAUACACCAAACAACGAAUGUUUUUUUAUAUUCUUAGACGUUUGUAAUGAGUAUGUUGCAAGUGGAGCUGAAGAUAAACAUGGUUAUUUAUGGGACAGACAUUAUGGGGUAUGUUUAUCAAAAUAUCCUCAUUCAGAUGUAGUAAAUUCCGUUGCUUUCAAUCCUCGAGAUCCUGAGAUGCUAGUCACUACAAGUGAUGAUUAUACCAUAAGAGUUUGGAGAAGUAGAUCAAUGGUUAAACAACUUGGUCUCGAUGAAAAAAAUUAUAGAAGAGGAAUGGAAGUGAGAAAACGCCGGAAAUAUCACACAAGCAAUUGCAAUGUUGACUGAUUGAAAACCAUUCAAUUUCCAAUUUAAAAUUCUUCUUUUACUUAUUGCAUAAUUUUAAAACUCAGUUGGAGAAGAAUUUUAAAUAGGAAAUUGAAUGGUGAAGACUUUAUUUAAUAAUGAUUUUUAUUUAUAUAUAAUAGGGUAGUCAGACCAAUCAAUGACCGGGUACCAGUGAAUGACCAU